UGUUUGAUGACGUAGUGUAGUCGGUGUUUACCAUAGCGGCUAUCUGUUAGCUAAUUGAAAGAAAAUGUGGGUUUUAUAGCUGUAAGAACAGUCAUAGUUUUCGAAGAAAGUCUAAAAUAUUUUUCAGAAUGAACAAUAGAACAUCGUAUUUUUACGACCCAGACGUGGGCAACUUUCAUUAUGUAUGCACCGUAACCGCGACGAUACCUGCUUUGGAACUUAAAACGUGCUGGCCACCCCAUGAAGCCUCACCGUUUGUCUCUGACUCACAGUCUGGUGUUACACUAUGGACUCUACAAGAAAAUGAUGGUGUUCAAGCCAUACAAAGCAUCUCAGCACGACAUGUGUCGGUUCCACUCUGAAGACUACAUCGACUUCCUUCAGAAGGUCAGCCCCAAUAACAUGCAGGGCUUCACCAAGAGCCUCAACACAUUCAAUGUUGGAGAUGACUGUCCUGUGUUUCCAGGUCUUUUUGAGUUUUGCUCAAGAUACACAGGAGCCUCCUUACAGGGAGCUACGCAGCUCAACCACAAGAUCUGUGACAUUGCCAUCAACUGGGCCGGAGGUUUGCAUCAUGCCAAGAAAUUUGAGGCAUCUGGGUUUUGUUACGUCAAUGACAUAGUCAUCAGUAUACUGGAGCUGCUCAAAUACCACCCUAGGGUUCUGUACAUCGACAUAGACAUUCACCACGGAGAUGGCGUACAGGAAGCCUUUUACCUGACUGACCGCGUCAUGACUGUGUCCUUCCACAAAUACGGGAACUACUUUUUUCCAGGAACAGGUGACAUGUAUGAGGUCGGAGCAGAGAGUGGCCGGUACUACUGCCUCAACGUUCCCCUCAGAGACGGCAUCGAUGACCAGAGCUACAGGCAGCUGUUCCAGCCGGUUAUUAAACAGGUGGUGGAUUUCUACCAGCCGACCUGCAUCGUUCUACAGUGUGGAGCAGAUUCUCUGGGCUGCGACAGACUGGGCUGCUUCAACCUCAGUAUACGCGGACAUGGCGAGUGUGUGGAGUUUGUUAAGAGUUUUAAGAUUCCUCUGUUGGUGCUGGGAGGCGGAGGAUACACGGUGAGGAACGUGGCUCGCUGCUGGACCUUUGAGACGUCUCUGUUAUUGGACGAAUCCAUCAGUGAUGAGCUGCCUUAUAGCGAGUAUUUUGAGUACUUUGCUCCAGACUUCACGCUGCACCCCGAUGUCAGCACCAGGAUAGAAAACCAGAACUCCAGACAGUACCUGGAGCAGAUCCGCCAGACGGUGUUCGAGAACCUGAAGAUGUUGAACCACGCGCCCAGCGUCCAGAUCCACGACGUUCCCUCCGACAUGCUGAGCUACGAACGCACCGACGAGCCCGACCCCGACGAGAGGGGGGGCGAGGAAAACUACACCAGGCCGGAGGCAGCCAACGAGUUCUACGACGGUGACCACGACAACGACAAAGAGAGCGACGUGGAGAUUUGACCCAGGAGGGUGAAAGCAGCGGAGCUUUUUUUUCUUUCUGCGGCCCGCGAACAUCGCGCCAUCGCCUCAGAUUGAACAGAAACUCGGACGUUUCUGACUGGAAAAGACUCUGAAGCUCUGCUCUUUUAUUCCUCCGUAGGUUCUCUUUCUAAAAAAAAAAAAAAAAAGAAAUCCUCGAUCAGCCGUACCUCAGAACGGACAUUAGCUCCGGAGCCUCGUGGAUAACGUCACUGAGCACACCUCCACACGCGACUGUAUUCCCGUUUCUAUUCUGGGUCGUCCAAACUCUCAACAGACAGGGUGAGCCCAAAUGACUCCAAUAAUGCCAAAACGCUGCAACAUACGUCCAGUGUAACAGAUUAUAUAUCCUGUAAAAGAUUACAGGAUAUGAUUUACUUCAGGGCUCCAAACAAAUGUGUUGUGCACAUGAACAGUCAAACAUCUUGAUAUAUUUUUUUUUACAUUUUUUUUUUUUCUCCACUUGUAAUCUUGUUUGUGUUAUCGUAGUAAUGAAAUGUAUUUGAGUUUUGAAAGAGGAGAACGUCAUCACAUAUUUUAAUCCAAUGAAUAGACCUUGUAAGCAACAAUUUGUUUGGAUUUGGGGACACAGCCUAAGCCAUGUACGUUUCCCCACACGUUAACGCAUCCCAAAUGUUUUAACCCUUGAGAGUGAAGAGCAGCUAGUUUGGAGCACCGUGUGACAGUUUCCAGUGUAUUUGUGAAGCCACUCAUUGGAGAAAAAUAAAAAUCAUAAUACAGCUUCCCACCAGGUGUCAUGAAAAAGAAAUGAGUUAUUUCAUCUUUCAAGACACGUGAGAAUCUGCUGGAGUGCCUGCCAUGAUACAUUAGUCACACACUAGCCAGUCCAGAUGUUUAAAACCACGCCUAAACUGUUGGACAGAAUCUCAAAAUUAUUAUUACAACCGCCAUCUUAGCUCAACACAAAUUUUUUACAGUAGCUGUUAGAAUGUUUUUUAAAUCCUAGCAUUAUUCAUGUGCCUUACAGCUCUGAGAAGGCAAGCAUGGAUGUAGAGCUGGGCACUUUUGACAUCAUUUGAUUUUGGAUUUCUACAAAGGGAACAUCUGUAAAUGAGGCAACUUGGCUUGAGCUGAUCCAAACAGGAAUUAUCCUCCUGUCUUUUCAUUCCUUUUUCUUCUCUCAUCUGGAUUCUCUGCUCAUUAAUGUGUACUGUAUAUAUAUACACACAUAUACAUGUGUUUGUGUGUGUAAUGUAGAAGAGGACAACUGUGCUGAUGAUAAUGAGGCUGGUAGUGAAAUGUUUUGUACCGAAGCAGGCGUGUGGUUCACUGAUGAGAUAUGCGAGUGCUGGUCCUUCACUGUGCUCAUCACAGAUGUACAUCAGUAGAACAGUUUGAAGCCACUGUAGAGUUACAUUCUACCAUCUGCCACCUCCAGUCCUAUUUUAGCCAGAAACUAGUUUUGUGAUUUUGUUUUUGAUAUUGUCUUUUGUUUUUAAUAAAAAGUUGAAUUGAAUCAA